AUGCGCAUCAACGGCGGCAGGAAACAGCAGGGUCCUCCACCAGGUCCUCCACCACAACAUCCACCCCUGUCUGGUGGUCCAAAUGAUCCUCCGCCCGUUGCAUUGCACGCCUUGCUGGCAAACUUGACGCCAGAAGUUUUACUUGCUCUUGCGGCACAGGCUGUGCAGGGUCAGCCUCAACAGAAUCUGCCCCGUCAAAAUCACAUACCUCAAUCCCUGCCCCCCAGUGGACAACACGCUAUCCAACCGGACUUAGAAACUGCGUCGGAUGUACAGGCGCUACGGGGUAUAUGCGAGAACCUCCAGCUUGAGGUGAAUCGCCUGAAACGUGCUCACCAAGAUGAUGGUGACGAGGCAGAUGAUGAGGACGAGCCUGUAGAUAAAGGUGUGCGUCAGAAGAAGAAAAAGAAGCUGGCAAAGGGCAAGAUACGGACGUACCUUCUCAACCGUCCUCUUCAAGAACUCUCAGCAGCCGAGAAGACUACACGCGAAGAACUGCAGGAAUGUCUUGAUACAGCGAUUUUCGAUGUCACAGGGACUUCCAUGGACACGAUUGAGACUGAUGAUAGCGAUGGGGGCGACGGUGGAGAAGAUCCACGAGAGGGCGAGAAGUUGCAGUUUGCGUUUGGUGGUGACAAGGGGGUACAAGCAUUGCGCAACAAGAAGAUCAUUGAUCGCGCAGCUAAUAUUGUGUGGAACGAACAACAUGAUCGUGAUGCAGAGACUUGCACCCUCGGACACAAGGACGUCAGUUUCACGAAGAAAGACAUCGUCGCGUUCGCCAAAGACAAGUUUCGGAACUUGAAGCGUAAGUAUGCCGAAGUGACGGACUCUUCUAAACGAGCGAAGCGUCAGAAACAGAAGGUGGUGAACAAGAGGAAGAAGCGCCGUAAGCAGCUUUGCAAGGAUCGAGCGGACCCGUCAGUCAUCGAAGCAUACACCAAAGAAUAUGGCGCGGAUCCGACACUUCUCUUGGAAACCGAGUAUAUGUCUGAAGAGAUAUCAGAGCUCGAAACCGAUAACGAGGAGAAGAAGAAGGCUCACCAUAAGAUCCUAUUGCAGAAAGCUGGCUUCGUUGGGAGUGACGAAGAAGAUGCUGUUGUGUGGGAAGUGGUUCGUCAGGAGUGGAGAUCCAAGGAUUUCAACGACGUCGUGGAGCGGAUCGACAAGAUCAGGCGAAGGCUGCGUCGCGAAGCGAAGAACAAACGAGUCCAUACUAAACGAGUCAACAUCGGAACUGUCAAAGACAACGCACCUGAAAUUCCGGUGUACCCAUUCAUGCUCAGCAACGAUUGGCUGGCCAAGUUCAACCUCGAGAAUCCUGGCGCUUCACUCGAUAUCAAGACGUCCAAUCCGAGAGGCUUUGGACCCAAAGACGAUCAGCCGGACACUCAAGAACAAGAGAACGACGGCCCUGGAACAACUCCCGAAUACGGCGGUGGAGAAGCGAAUUACGGUGAUGAUAUGGAUUAUGGUGACAUGUAG